AUGUUUGAUGAAGUGUGUGAUGCAAUUAAUACGAUCGAUAAAUAUUUUGAUGAAGAUACGAAAAAAACGAGAGAACAUACUUCUGGAAGUUUAUUAAAUAUGUUAUUCUCUUAUGAUAACUGUAGUAAUGAUGACCCAAAACUUACCUCUGAGUUUAUAGCAUUGCUAUCUUUAUUUAAUGGUAUUGUUAGUAGUGAGGGUUUAGAUAGUGAUGAGAAUUUAUAUAGUGAUAAACUUGUUGAAUACGCUAUUUUAUGGUUAAGUUAUAGACUAAAUCAAAAAGCACAAAAUGGAGCCACUACAUUAAACGAGUUUUAUACCAAAGAUAUAGAAAGAAAUAGUUGUUAUAAGGAGAAUAUAGGUGUUAAAAGUGGUGAUAAGAUUACAAAGGAUGUUAUAAAAAAACAAAUAAGCUCGAUGAAUAUAGAUAUUAAAGAUAUAUCUAAUUUUUAUGAUGCACUUAAAUCAUUAUGUAACAUGUAUAGUGAAAUUGGUACAGAAGGCUACGAAUGCAAGACAUGUUUAGAAAGUGCUGGAGAAUUUUUUGAAAAAUGUGAAAAAAUUAAAAAUGCUUUUGAUAUUAAUAAAGGAAGUUCUUAUUUACAACUAUUGUCUAGUUUAUCAAGUGAUUAUUAUAAAUUUAAAGAGAAAUAUAAUAGUCUUGAAUGUAGUCAUAGGUCACCAUUUGUAGCUUGUCCACGAAGUUCAGUAACAAAAAAUACACUAAUUACAAUUGCAAUUAUAUUUGUUGCAUCAUCAAUUUUAUUGGGAGUUUCUUAUAAGUAUUCGUUAUUUGGAUUUCGGAAACGAUCUCAAAAACAAAAAUUAAGAGAAAAUCUAAAAAAAUAA